CACCCUUAUACUAGUGCAGCCAGAGGAAUGAUGAACGUCGCGUCUCCUGUUCAUACUCCACAACUGUAGGGGGCGGUGUGCGUGGUGCGCUAGUUUUCCACAGCUUUAGAAAUGUAUAGAAAAAGAAUCAAUUGCGUGUGAUUGGUUAAAAAAAAUUGUGCAGCGCGUUUUUCACGUCACUGUUGAAAAACGUACAAACUGAAUUUUAAACUAAAUUGUAACAAAUUUAAGUACAGUUUUCGAGGUUUGUAACAGAUAUUGGAAUGACUUUGGAAAAAUGGAGGAAAAUAUGCUGCAGUUUUAAAUAUUCAGCUCUGUAGUGAAGCAGAACUCUAGUUUGGUCCCAGUCUGCUGCAGAGCUGACCAGCCUCGACCAGGGGAAGUCACCGUGUGCACAUGCCUCGCAGGCCUCGGCCGCCUCUCUGCGUGGGUACCAGUCCCCCCAAGCAGAUAAUUCAGCUUGCCUUUGGUGAAUCGACCCAUGGAGCCUCACGCUUUCCGCAGGGUGGAAAAUGCGACGGCGUGCUUGGUAGCUGUGGCAGGAAUGUUUCUGAGGUGCCAGAGAGACAGUACCCUAACAGGAGGGAUGCAGAGCACGGGGAGAUGAUGGAGGGCAGUGCCGGCACCAAGAACAGCAGCGGCAGCAUCGUCAUCAGCGACGAGGACACCCAAACAGACACUCUGGGCAGCAAUGAGGCUUACUCCAUCAGUCUCCUGGAGGAUGACGGAUGCACAGACAACACGCUCUGGAUUCUGGAGAAUGAUGGAUUCCCGGACAGGAAGACAGUGGUUUGUUUAUCCAGCGAUCAAGGGGCGGGAGCUGAGUUUGGUGGGACUGUUGAAGACCUGGACGAUUCUAGUGAAUCCCUGUCAUGCUGGUCCACUGCAUCCGGCCCCUCCCUUGCUGUGGAGCACAGUCCUGCAGUGCUCUGCAAAGACUGUGUGAAGCUCUUCAGAAAGAUGAAGAAAAGGAAGAACUGGAAAAACACCAUUGACUAUGAUCCUACUUCCUUAUCAUGUGAAAUGUGGGUUCUGAAAAAAAGAUGGCACCCAAGAAGAUUUCACAAUGUCAAGGGAAAGUUGUGGGCACAUUUAAGCCGAAUAAGGAAGGCUAACUUGAGCAACGGAGACCCUGUAGGGACAAAAAGGUUUUGCUCAAGACCCCCUGUGUUUCUACAGAGGAACCUGGCAAGGUGCAAGUCAGUCCCGGUCCAGAGCAGGCGGCAGGUGAGGGGGCCGAAGACGCUCCAAGUGGCCAAGCGCAGACGCCUUCAGAAGAGGAGCAGGAGGAGGAAGCCGUGCCAGUCGAAGGGAUCGGAGUCCCUUGCAGCCUCUCUGCCCACCGGCUCGGACGCGGGUGUCUGGGUGGCUGACAGUGGUAUUGGACAGGAGCUGGACAGGGCUCGCCGGGUGCUGGACUUCGAUAAGACUGAGCCUCUGGAGCCGAGUGGCGGGUCUCUGGGCUGCAGUGCCACUCAGUUGGGCACUAAGAGCUCCUCGCCGUGUAAGAAGUCCCCAAAAAAAUUUUCCUGGGUGGGAGAGGGGGGCUUUAGAUCAAUGCUCUCUGAGCUCCAAAAGUGCAGAAGCACUGUUGUAGAAGAACUUCACAACUCCAUGUCUUAGUAAGUUUAAUUGGUUUUGCCUAAGCACGGGUUUGUGUAUUAAAUGCUGAUCAAAUUGUGUUAGAACCUGGAUUGAUGAAGCUGUCUUUUUAUAGUACUGGAUUUGUUUUGCUGUGGAAAUGGGAGAUGGCAGUCUUAAUAAACUAGACUAAUUUGACAGUCAGUUAUGAAUAUUUUUUGUUGAACCUUGGCUAACAUUUGCACCUUUGAUUUCCAGUACAGGGCAGUAAGUAGAGGACCUUGUCACGUACGUAGUAAGGCAGCCAUUCUCUCAGAAUUAACACAAUUCAGCUCACUUGUUUGUUUGCAAGUAUAGCCUGGGUUUUGUUAUGCUGUUCAGUAAAUGAUCUAAUCCAAAUUGACGUUGCAUAGCUGCCGGAUUUGCAUUUCUUGCCAUGUAUGGAAGUCAGGCCUGCAAGGUAACCAAGCGAUUGUCAAUUGACAGGUUGACUGACGAAUCCAUUGUUGCUAAUAUAUUGUGCAUUUUUUUGUUCUUUGUUAAUAUGAGGUCCUCUUGUUAGAUUUAAGAUUAGAAAGGCUGACAGAAUCAAUGCACGCAUACAAAUGCGGAUUCCUCUAACCUUAAGCCCAGGAGGAUGGUCCUGUAAUUAUAUGGUAAUUAAAACGAGCCUUGUCAGUCGCAAUUAAAACAAAGAAGCACCCUCGUAAUUGUUAUAAACGACGGUGUUUGAUUCGAUUUGUAAGUAAGAGAAUGAGUUAGGUAUUGUAUUAAUCAUUUAAGCCCUAAUUAUCUUACCAUCAUAGCCCUCAAAGCAGAUUCGCUUAAAUUACUGCACGAACACGUUUAACCUCACGGGGGCGCCAGUUCAUCACGGGUUUUUGCCGCCUUGGCUCAGGAACGCUACGGUUUGUAGGGAUUCUUCGGGAAUAGCAGAUAACUGUGCGGUGGAUUGAUUUGCAGUGAACCAUAAAUUAAAAAUCGAAAUUUCGUCUAAAUGUGAAGAUCGUGUUAAUUGUGUAGCCUUUUAAAUUUACUGGCCAUUUGGGAGCUUUGAUGUCAAAAUUCAAUUAUUCUAUUGCAGCUCUUUAUAAAUGGUGUUUUCAUGAAAGAUGACAGUCACUGAAAUGCAUAUUUAAAAAUGCGGGAAUUGGGUAGGCCUAUACAUACUUAGUAGUCAUAUUGUAAACCAAUCAAAUCCCACAUUUUGAAAAUACAGCAGUUAUCUCUCUUCUGAACAUGUUAUAAGUCCUGCACAAUUUGCAAACCAGAUUUCUCUAAAAUGCAUCUGUAAAAACAAGUUAUUGUUGAGAAAGCAAAUUUGGACUUUAAUGGGUUAAAAUAAAGUUGACGUAUGCUUUCGCUUAAAAAAAAAUAAAUGGCAUGGAAUCGAGCAUAUCACAGGCGCACAAGUCCUUGGCCGAACUUCAGAAGGAGAAGUAUAUAAUUCAUUCUGCAAAGUCGCACCCUUUCGUUCUGGCGCUGACAGGCGGACGCACUUCGCACUGUGGGAAAGGACUGAACAUCUGUACGAAUCUGUACAGAUCACGAAAUAAAAAUAGCCAUGCAGUAUUAACAUCAACCACUGUUUUUACGCUAAAGACAAAAUGAGACAUUUUCCCAAGACAAGUACACGUCUGUAAUCGCUUUAUAGCGUCACUUAGGAAAAGUCUGAAGAGACAGAGAGCCAGUAAAGGGCUAAGAGGAUUUGAGUCGACCAGUCAGCCAACAACGCGAUUACAUUUCCUAAUCAAGGCAGACUAAGAAAAUUAGAUCGACACUUUUGUUCAGCACUGCCGGGCUGUUUUUAGGUAGGUUAAUCCCAAAACUCUUACUGGAGUUUGCACGUCUGGAUGAGCUGAGCAUCAGAGAAGUUUAUUGCUGCCUUAUCGGAAUCCUUUGGGACUUCGCCGAAGAGUCUGAAUAUUUUAAAAUUCCGCAGCCGAGUGGAGGACAAUACCGUAGCGCAAAUGAAAGGUUAACCACAGCAAUAUGGUGUGUCUGCUUGCGGGGACUACCAAAUCUGCAAAAGUGGAUUUAUGCCCUUCUCAAGCGAAAGAAGUGGUUUAACGGAAGCCAGCAAAGAUGAGAAGGCAGAACUCGUUCCUGAUCUUUUGGUGCAUGCAUCUGGUUACUGGCAGCAGAGUGCAGGCUCCAGCGACAGAGCUUAUCGAAUGGGAAAAUGAGCAGAAUCUUCCUUCCAGCGUCGCCAGUCCCCGAAUGGCAAACCCUCUGCGCUUGUUUGCCAAGAGCCCUUCUGGACUCAAGCAGGCAGCCAGGGAUGUGUCGUAUUUAGACAACAUGGAGGACCUCUGGGACUGGCUGUCCAAUCAGACGGACACACGGGAAACGCGUGCCAGGGCCAAGCGGAGACCCAUCGUAAAAACAGGGAAGUUCAAAAAAAUGUUCGGCUGGGGAGAUUUCCACUCAAACAUCAAGACGGUGAAGCUGAACCUGCUGAUCACCGGCAAGAUCGUGGACCACGGCAACGGCACGUUCAGCGUCUACUUCCGGCACAACUCCACCGGCCAGGGCAAUGUUUCAGUGAGCCUGGUGCCCCCAUCCAAGGUGGUGGAGUUUGAGAUCUCACAGCAGUCCACACUGGAGACCAAGGACACAAGGGCCUUCAACUGCCGCAUCGAGUACAAGAAGACAGACCGGGUCAAGAAGACGGCAUUUUGCAACUUUGACCCAUCCAAGACCUGCUAUGAAGAACAGACCCAGUUUCACGACUCCUGGUUGUGCUCAAAGCCCUUCAAGGUCAUUUGCAUCUACAUCGCUUUCUUCAGCGUUGACUACAAACUGGUACAGAAGGUUUGCCCUGACUACAAUUACCAUAGUGACACCCCUUAUCUCUCUACGGGCUGAAGUCACUUCUGCAUGUUUAUGGGUCUCUUGGAGCACUGAUGGUCUCUGGGGCCUUAGCUGACCUGUCUGGUGACCCUGCAAAGUCAUAAACACCAUGUGUUCCAUCUCUGUCAUGAGCAAAUAUCAAGUUUCCUCCAGAUGUUGAGGGAGAGGAUAUGCUGUGGACUUUCUGACGAAUUCCAGGUUUUGUGCCAGCCAACCGCAUCACCAUCAACCUCAUUUUUAGAUGUAUAGUUAGGAUCUACAUUUUUUUUAAAACAGAUUGGAGUUGUUAAUAAAACUUAAUAGUCUUUUUUGCAGUGGAGGUGUACAGAAUUUUUUUUUUUCCUGUGACAGACCUUAUUGUCAGAUAUUUCCUGCUUUCAGUUUUCUGGUAGGCAGACUGUUUUAGCUUACAUUGUGCAGCUGAUUCUGUGACAAUUUAACAUUGUCCCUCCCCUGAAUAGGACUUUAAAAGCUUACUUGAAAUCUUCCAAUUUUGACCGAAGGCACUUGGCUUUAACGGACUGCAGCUCUGCUACCGAAUGCUUUCGAGUAUCACUCCAAGUAAUCUUCAAUUUCCCCCAAGCCACAUAUAAAUUAAAAUCCUACUUAGAGCUGUCCGACAAGACCGAGCAGAGCACAGGCUUGCAGUUUACGGGGUUCAGUUGGCUUGGUUUCAGUACCGUGGCAGAAUUAUACGGAGGUGCUUCGUCUGUGCUGGGGGGUGUCGGAGUCUGUCGGCGGGGGGGAGCAUGUGUAUGACAGUAAAUCUACUUUUCUACUAGUAUGCAACUAAAUCAUUGUAUUUUGAGAGCCAUAUUCCAUAUACCAGGCACUUUCAGACCACAGUACAGCCCGUGCUGAAAAACAAAUACGAAUAAUAUUCUGUAAAUACACCCUGUAAGCUUUAUGGCGUUUUCCUGCUCCCGUUGUCAUCCCGGUGUCUUUCAUGGUAUAAGCCUAGGACGCGUUUUACUUUCACUUUAAACGGAGAAGCGUGCCGUGAAUUCAAAAGUUUAAUUUCACAUGCCGGGAGACAACUUCUUAAAAUUGAGCCGCUACUCAGGUGGCUGGAAUGAAGCUGGCAAGCGCUAAAUAUAACUUUGUCAUGGUCUUGCCACAGAGCUCGACAUUUCCGCGCUUUUAAUUAACAGUAAUUAUAGUGAGAAAUGCAAUUUGCAUAUCGUGACUGAGCAGACCAGCGGCCGAAAGUAAAAUUAACCUUGGCGAUGUGAAGGUACGCAAGCGUGCCGUUCAUAUUUUGUUUACUCUCCUUUUUUCUGACUGAUUUACUGUGGCUGAAAAGAUAGAACCCCAGCCGUCCCAUGAGGUAAAGUGUGAAUUAUCCUUUGCUCCCCCCUCUCUGAAACCAUCCAAUGUUACCGUGUCCUUACCUGCAUCCUUGUUUGUGUUAUGGUCCCGUGUAAAACGCUUUACAUUUCAUGUGUGCUCUUACCUUUAUAAAACAUCACUGUGCGUAUUAUGCACUUUAUUGCUAAAUCACUCUAACUCUCUGCAGUCAUUUAAAUGACGUCAUACCUUUGGUCCUUGCUAGUGGUUAUUCAUAUGUAUAGUUUUUUAAGGUGUUUACCGUAGUAGGUGAAUGAAAUUCCUGGUUAAUUAUUCUGCAACUAAUGACUCUGGCUUAAUUUAUUCUUAAAAAUUACACGAACGAGGCAUUUGUAAAAAUGGGCUUGUUUUGAGAUGUACCUGUAUAUUUGGUUAUUUCUGGAAAAUGUUUAGGCUUUAUAUAGGCUAUGUAUAGUGUACAUUUUUGUUUACUCUGAAAAGGGUUUAUUUUGUGAUUAAAAUUUUGUUCGGAAAACA